AUGUCCUCAAAAGAGCCCUUCAUCGGGCAAAAGAAGCGCGUUCUCAUCGUCGGUGCCGGUGCAGCUGGUAUGAGUUGCGCCGACCAACUCUCAAAGUCGCCCGAGAAAUUCGAUGUUACGAUUAUUGAUGCACAAGAUUACUGUGGUGGACAAGCCUUCUCGAUCGGGAUUGAUAAGGAGAAGUUUGGGGCUGAGUGGUUGAAUCAGGGUGUUCAGGGCGGGAGCUAUAUCUUCCGCCAUACGUUCCGGAUGUUCGAGCAGCAGGGAUUCAAAGCGGAUCCAGUGAAAUUGCAGGUUUCGUUCGGGAAGGGGGAUCGGUUCUGGACAAAUGUGUUUCCGACAAAGAUGGUGCAGAAACAUGCUUCAGAGAUCAAGCGAUUCACGCUGUUGCUCAAAUUCAUCCGCUGGUUCGAGGUGUUCUUCGUAUUUAUGCCGAUCAAGGUUCUCAUGAAGCUUUUCAUGUUCUCAACUGAGUUCACGGAGUAUAUGAUCUUACCGACCAUCGCACUCUUCCUCGGCACAGGAAAUGCAACACCAGAAGUCUCGUCCGUGAUCCUCGAGCGUUUGUUCACGUCCCCGACAUACGGAAUGUGGUACCCCGCAGACGAAGACAGUCUCGCAUCGAACCACCCCCCGAUGUGCGUAUUCCCCAAGUUUUCAGAUUUCUACGAAACGUGGAGACAGAGCCUCGUCAAAGCUGGUGUCAACGUCCGCCUAAGCACGGAACUCACACGGGUCAUCAAGCGCACAUCCUCAGGCGUGAAGGUCGGAACCAAACCCCGUAAGCCUCAGCCGGACCACCACAACCCAGUUGGUGGUGACCCAGACGCUCCUGAGACCAUUGAGGACUACGACGAAAUCGUACUCUGCGUCCUCGCUGACACCGCCAAACGGCUGCUCGGCAAAAACGCCACGACAAAGGAAAAAUUUGUGUUGGGCUCUACGAAGUGGUCUGAUGACGUUACCGUCACUCACUGGGACGACACUUACAUGCAAAACCACUACACGAACACUUACGACCCAGAUCAAGCUAUCCGUACUUUAAAUGGAAAGGAUCAGUCGUUGAGGAAUGAGCGGGGUGGAUCGUUCGCGCCGAUGUACUAUAUCAAGCCAUACCCCGAAGACCCCAGCAAACUCGAAAUGUGCUUCGAUUGUACGAACUACCAAUCACAGUUCCCACGAGUCUCAAACCCAGCUGACCCACCCUCUGGUUUGGAAGUCAGCCGACUUCCACUCAACCGCCAUGUGUUCCAGACAAUUUUCCUGAACAAGGAUCGUGAUUCACCAUUGUGGACCAUGGACCAGAUCAAUAAAGAUAAGAUUAUCCGCAUCGAUUGGUGGCACCAACUCUGCCACUCCUGGACCCACUAUCUCUUCGUUGUCCCCUGGAUGUGGGCCCUCAACGGCCGGCACCACACCCGGUACGCCGCAGCCUGGACAUUGGUCAACGCACACGAACUCGCCGUCAUCUCCGGACUCGCAGCAGCGUGGAGUUUGGGCGGAGGGUAUCCGGAGGAGAUGAAGGGGAGGUGGGAGGGGUUUGCGGUAUUGUGUUUUAGGUUGUAUUGUUUGUUGGCUUAUGGGAGGUGGUAUUCUAAGGGGAGCUAG